CGGAAAUAACGAAUCGGCUACCGGUGUUUUAAUUUUUAAAUUAAAAUUCAUUUUAGAAUGUUAAUUUAAAGAAAGAAACAAUGUUUAAGUCCAAACGAGACGUAGAUAGACACGUGUCAUAUAUAUUGAAUCGAAUCAGGAAUGAAAAAGAGCGCAAUGCACGUGGAUAUGGUAUUGCCAAGCUGUAUGUUGACAUUGGAGAAUUUGAAUGGGGAAAGAGGUACUUGGAUUCUUACAUGAGUGUAAGAGAGACAUUACCAGAUGCCCACAAGCUGAUGGGACAGAUACACGAAGGGCUUCGUGACAAGAAAAAGGCUAUCGAAUCGUACAAGAGGUGCUUAGAUCUUGAUCCAGAGCAGAAAGAAGUCAUUCUUAAAGUAUGUGAACUGUAUGGGGAUGCUGCAAUUGAUAUCAGCCCAGAUGGAGCAAAGAUAUGGAUUGAGAGAGCUGAGAAGUACUUCCCGAAUGAUGCAGUUGUCUUCAAGUUGAAGGAAAAGCUAGUGGAGAAUGGAGCCAGUGAAAGUCUUGAGGAUAUGGAACAACUAAUCAGUGCAGAAAUGGUGAAAAACCCUGAAGAUGUGAAGCUGCAUGUGAAACUCGUGCGACUGUGGAUACGCGGUCAAGACGUGGAGAGAGCGUUCGCGCACGUGGUCGAUGUAGAGAAAACCCUUGCCUUUGUUUCCUCUCUGCCUUGGUAUGAAUGCGUGCUAGAUGUUUUUCAGGUGUAUGCAGACCAACAGGAGGGGGUGGAGAACAAUGUGAAAUAUUUCACCUACAAGCUGUUUGCCCUUGCUUCACUGGCCGCGCUCAGACUUAAGAAUGAGCAUGUAGACAUGGUGGCUGCUAAAAAAGCUCUGCAAGAGUUUGACGAAGCGUUGUUUGUGGCUGUAAAUAUCCGCCAACAUGAUGAAUGCUGGGGCAGCCUUUUGACCGAGAUGAAAGGACUCCUGUUCUAUUUGAUGGCCCUGCUGCUGAUAAGAAGAGCUCAAAAGGGCCAAGUGUCAUGGAAGGAAAGCAGCUCUUAUAGCUUGAUAUGCUUCCUGCUCUGUGCUGCCCAACCCACCUUCAACCUCAAGUCCAGUUGGUACUGUCAGUUAAAACAAGAACGGAAGAAGAAGUUUUAUGAGCACAUUCAGAUGACUGGCUGCUACAGGCUUAGUCAAGCUGGUCACAUGAUACAAAGCAUCCAAUCAAGUCGCAGCACAGAUCAAAGCAAGCUUCAUACGACAGUAUGUACCCCUGAAGGCAGGACUGCUCUGUACAGCCUGGUGUUUACCAAUGGUGGGAAGAGAAAGGAGCACUCAUUCUUCCUCAACAGUGAUGCUGUGACCAGUGUGGGGCUGGAGGCUCCUAGUGCUGGGCAGCGGCUGGGAUAUGAUGCAUUUGCCUUCAACCUACAUGGGAAUGACUUGUCUAGGCUGGUCUGGCUGUGUCUGCAACAUUACAAUCUUAAACAGGAAUUUCAGCCGGACUAUGAACACCUAUUUGGAGUAGAGCUGUACCCAGAUCUAAAGUACAGCGUGCCAGACCUCAGUGGAAGUGAUCCUGCUACAAUGUGUCAAUUAGAUGUUCAGGUAUUUCUGAUGCUCUGUGUUCGCUGGGCGGCAAUUGAUGCACGAGAAAAGCGCCGCAACAUGCACGUGAUCACAGACAAGCCUGACCUACUACCUGUUGACCUGACCAUGCCCUUUUGUACCCGCCAGCAAGCUGAUUGGUGGACAGCGGUGCACAAUAUGGAGCAUGGGAAGAACAAGGAAAAGCUUGGUUCAGCGUUCGGCAAGGUAUCUAGGGGUCUGGAGACACUACGACUGGUGACCCCCAACUCCCUGGCUCUCUCCCUGGUGGUACAUGUUGCCAACACACUGGAUGCUAGAGUGAAAGAAAUGGAGGGUAAUGGAGGGGAAGAUAUUGUCUCACCACGACUGCACGCCCUCCAGACACGGGCAGCAUUCUACUGGUCUGGGGCUGCCGAUAUACUUGAUAGAAUGGACAGGAAUAUUGCUAUAAGGACCCCAAAAGAAGUGUAUUUCCCCGUUGACCUAGUUGUUGACCCUGCAGUUGCUAAGGAAAUGAGAGAACAAGUGAAAUUUGCCAUGGCUAUUGUUGCUAUGCGGGAAAAAAAGUACCAGGAGGCCUUGUCAUCAUUUGAAGCCAUCUACAAGCCAGAGUCCUCUUAUUACGCGGGGCUGAUUUAUCGGAGGCUUGCAGAAGACCAGGAUACCAACUGUAACUCUUCUGGCUCAAAUCGGGGUCGCGAUCAGAUGGUUCUUCUGACCAAGUCCAAGACUGCCUUGUACCAGGCUUUAGACAGGCUGAAUAGUGAAAACAACAAGGAGCUACAGGAUUCAGUGAAGCGUGAAUUAGAUGAUGUCGUGUGUCGACUAAUCUCCCUUGAGACAGGAGAAGAUGCAUCAGAGAGUUUUCUUGCCAGCGUAUCACGCCAACAGGAUUCAGAUACACAAGAAACAGAUGAAGAAGAAGAUUCCGAGCCAUUAAAACAUGCCACGCCCCGUACACCCUCUAGACCUCAUGCUGACUACCCACGGCUCAGCCCCACUCGCCUAGAUGUCCAGUUAAAGGCCCUUGAGUCGACCAACUCCGCCCUCACAGGCCGUCUCGCCACGCUGGAGGAGACUGUGAAAUCUAACAAUGUCCUCAUACAGGAGAUACUGGUGCAGUUACGACAAGCUCGUGAUGAUAAUAGGACUCUGAGGGAUCAGCUCCAGAUUAUAUCCCUCCAGGGCCUAACCACUAUGCCAGUUAUGAGACCCCCAUCAACACCUCAACAACCUAGAAUGUCCCUACUGAACAUGGCGUAUGGCAGCCCCGCCCCAAUGCCAGGGGGGCUCUAUGAUUUCCAAGGCCAAAAUGGCCUUCCACCACACAUGGCUCAGUAUACCAUGGCCAAUGCCCAAAGCCCUCGUCCAGGGUCCGCAUAUGGCCAACCUCCUGACUUUUACGGUAACAUUGACGGAGAAUACCAUGACCCGGAAUCAGAAGAUUUCUUCAUUCAGGAUCAGAAUUUGGUCCAAGAGUGGCCAUUUGGGCAUAAAGCUGGCGUCGAGGGUAAGUCUACCAUCACUUACUCCCCACAGCCCCAGCAGCCUGUAAGAGCCAUGAAUCCUGCUGCCAAUGCAGGGAUGUUUGCUGCGAAUGCGCUCCGUGGACAGGCCAUUCAGUACGGAGCCAGUUAUCCGUCUCUUGUCCAACCCACUCAGCCCCCAGCAGCUCAGAUGCCUGGUCCUGGCUUCUUCUCUCAAAACAGCCCUAUGCAGCAGAUGUCAGGCCACUCAGCCCAGGGUGGGGUAAUUCCGGGAACAUUUGGAAUGGCUGUUAGGCCAAGCAUUACACCAACUGGUUCACCGGCCACACUGCCAGUUAAGACCACCCCAAGUAUGAUUGCAAGCACAAAGCCUGUGACACCCAUGAUGCCACCGAAUGCUGUCAUUCCUUCUCAAGCCCAAGAGGCUAAACCCAAAUUGAUCCCAGGAUCUGUGGGUGUACCAGUAGCAUCUACCAAGGCCCAGUCUCCUAGGGUAACUCCAGCAGCUAAACCUUCUCCAGUGUUUGGGUCUCCUGCUACUACAUCUGCUUUGUCUGGUUCAGCUGCUGCUGCUCUGAGUAACUUAGCUACAAAACACCAGGAGGAAACUACAAAGUCUACUAGCCAGCCACCAAGUGUUCCAGUAACUACUCCAGAAAAGACAGUAUUCAAGGGUUUUACCUUCACUUCCACUCCAAAGAUUGCUGAAAUCAAAGAGGAUACUAAACCAAAGGAAGCCCAUGCCCCUGCAGUAUCAACAUCAACAGCUGCUCCAAAACCAUUCAGUGGAUUUGGUGGAUUCGCCUUUAAUACACCAACUGCUAAACCCCCAACUGUCCAGGUGGUUAAAACUGAGGCCCAGCCCAGUUUUCCAGCUCAAAGUCAAGGUCAGAUGCCAGCUUUUGGCUUAUCACCUGGUCAGGCAUCUGCAUCAUUUGGAAGCUUAGCCACUCAGUGUCAAGUAGCUGCUUCUUUCCAGGCUGGUGGAGAUCAAGCGGGAUUUGUAGGAACUGGCACACCUUUGUUUGGAAAAUCGCCCACUCCUAGACGAAGAAAUCCCUCUAUUUGCUCUGAUGAUCAUGUGGAUGAGUAUGAACCUAAUGUGGACUUCAAGCCUGUCAUUCAGCUGCCAGAACUUGUUGAAGUAAAAACUGGGGAAGAAAAUGAGGAAAGAAUGUUCUGUGAGAGAGCUAAGCUGUACAGAUAUGAUAAGGAGGUAAACCAGUGGAAGGAGAGAGGCAUUGGGGAUAUUAAGAUCUUGAAGCAUAAUGAGACUGGGAGUGUGAGAAUUUUGAUGAGACGAGAGCAAGUGUUGAAGCUUUGUGCAAACCACAAGAUCAAUUCAGAGAUGAAGCUAAGUCAGAUGGCAUCAUCAGACAAAGCUUGGGUUUGGAAUGCUAUGGAUUAUGCAGAGGGUUCGAUGAAAAAUGAAAAAUUUGCUGUGAAAUUUAAGUCCUCAGAUAUAGCAGAUAAGUUUAAGACAGCAUUUGAAAAAUGUCGGGAUGAAAUGAAGGUAAAAGAAGAAUCAAAAGAUUUUCAAGACACAAAUGAGGUAAAACCAAAGGAGACAGAUCAAGCAGGUGAUACAACAAAGACUGAAAAAUCAGGCGACUGGGCCUCCUUAUUUAAGAGAAAGGAAGGUUCAUGGACAUGUGAUGGAUGCUAUAUCACCAGUGAUGCACAUAUUUUGAAAUGUCCAUGCUGUCAGUCAUUGAAACCAGGGGUAAAUCCAGAAGACAUAAAGUCUGACACUGGAAGCAGUUCUAUCUUUGAUGCAGGAAGUUCUCAAGGCACUUCUGGCUUCAAAUUUGGGACAGAUUCCUCAACUGCCUCUAAACCCACAGGGUCAGGAUUCCACUUUGGAGAAGGCACUGCUGGAACAGCGAAGCCAGCAUCCGGAUUCACAUUUGGAGCUCCAACUACCACUGCUGCUUCCUCUGUUGCAAGUUUGUCAUCUGGUGGUGAUUCAUCAACUGCUUCUAAACCCUCUGGCUCAGGAUUCCAGUUUGGAGGUGCCUCAACUGAUUCAGCAAAGUCAGCUUCAGGAUUUACAUUUGGAACACCUACCACUGUUCCAACAGGUUCAGGAUUUGUAUCUGGAUCUUCAACAGCUACAACUAAGGCUGCCACGACUACAACUACUACAACAUCUAAAACUGGGUUUACCUUUGGCUCUUCUGGCUCUUCAUCUGGAUUUGAGUUUGGUUCAACAGCUGUCUCUGUCUCAACUUCUUCAGCUUCUUCAAGCACUUCAGAAUUAAAAGCUGUUGUUUCUACUGUCGAAAGUACAAAGGAUUCUUCAGGCACCAGUAUUUUUGGAACAAAAACUUCAACAACCACAGCUGGUAUUUUUGGUGGAGCAGCUUCAAGUAGUAUCUUUGGAGCAAAGACAACAUCUGAAAUAAGAGGCGUAUUUGGAUCUUCUUCUGUAUUUACACAAUCAACUGGAGAUGGUAAACAAGGACUUGUCUUUGGCGGUGGAGCAAGUAAGGCUGUUGAAACACUGAAAUCCACAACAGAAGGUGGACCCAAAAGUGCUGGAUUUGAUACGAAAACUGAAAUGAAAGACAAAGUUAAUAAUGGUGAAAGUCUUCUAGCCAAGUUCCUGUCUAGUCCGGAUAGUUGGAAAUGUGAAACAUGCCUGAUCUCAAAUGAUGGUGAGGCAAGUAAAUGUGUUGCAUGUGGUACAGAAAAAUCAGAAUCUACAGGGUCUGUUUUACAAGAAAUGGGAACAACUGGUGCUGGAAAAUCGGCCUUCAGUGUUGGUUCAGUAUUUGGACAGGCAGAAACACAACCAUCAGCCUUUAACUUUGGCCAGGCUGCUAACACUGAUAAGAAAUCUGAUGAAGGUUUCAAGUUCACGAUUGCUCCAGGAUCUGAUACUCAUUCUUCACAGCCAGCAGCAUCAUUGGGAUCUGGUUUUAAUUUUUCAAUGAGCAUGACUCCAUUGAAGAAAGAUAGUCCAACAAAAAUGUCAGGUUUAAAAUCUUCAGGUAUAACAUCUCAAAAAAGCUCAGAAAAUAAUGAAGAGGAUUACUAUGUAAACAAAGAAAGCGAUGACUGCCAUAUUCAUUUUGAGCCAGUUAUUGCUCUGCCUGAUACGGUUGAAGUGAAAACAGGUGAAGAAGAUGAAGAAGUGAUAUUUAAACACAGGGCUAAGUUGUUCAGAUUUCUGAAAGGAGAGUGGAAAGAGAGAGGACUAGGUGAUGUUAAGAUUCUCUACCAGCCUAAUGUAAACAAAGCGAGAAUUCUGAUGCGGAGAGAGCAGAUACUGAAGAUCUGCUGUAACCACUAUGUCACCCCUGAUUUGAAGCUUCAGCCAAUGCCUAAUAGCAAGGGAGCAGCUCUAAUUUGGUCGGCAGUGGACUUUGCUGAUGGUGAAGGGACUUAUGAAAAGUUUUCAAUUAAAUUCAAGAAUCAAGAAAUUGCGAAACAAUUUGAAAAAGCUAUUGAAGAUGCCAAGGGUAAACUGACAGGAGCAAAGCCUAAGGUCCAACAGCCUGUUGUUUCACCUAAAGUUGAAUCACUUGGAGCUUUAGAUGACAAUGGUGGUGAUGUGGAGAUAACUCAAGUAGAAAAAGCUACUCCAGAAGAAAUUGAGAAAGCCAGGAAGCUGAUGUUGCCCGAUCAUUUCUAUAUGUACACAAGAUUGCCAGACUGCCGUGGAUGUCUUGGUUGUGACGACGGUGCUGGGCAAUAUUGUCACCAGGCAGAAGAUCAGCAUGGUGAAGUGGGCAAUGAUUAUGAAGAUGGUGACGAUGAUGAAGAUGAUGAUGAUGAUGAUGAUGAUGAUGAUGAUGACGACGAUGAUGAUUAUGAAGAUGAGGAUGAGGAUGAAGAAGAAAGUUAUGAAGCUACUGAUCAGCCUGGGACCAAGUCGGGAGAGGGAGUGUUGGGUUCAGAUGGUGGGUCGUUGUUUGGUGGGGGAUCGGCUGGUGGGUUCUCCUUUGCAUCGCUGGCUAAAACCUCUCCUCAGACUAGCUUCAAGCCAGAUCCUGAUAAGCCAUUCCACUGGCAGGGGGCAGGAAAGCAGCUUUUUGGAAGUUCAGCAGGGGGCGGCCAUUCAGAUGAAGAGGGUGAAGUUCAGCAGGGGGAAGACCCACAGUUUGAGCCUGUAGUCCCCCUGCCCGACUUGGUGGAGGUGAAAACAGGAGAGGAAGAUGAAGUUGCUGUCUUCAGCCAGAGGUCAAAAUUGUUUCGAUUUGACAAGGAUGCCAAUCAAUGGAAAGAGAAAGGCAUCGGAGAAAUGAAGAUCCUCAAACAUAAAUCUACUGGCAAGUACCGCCUCUUGUUGCGUCGAGAACAGGUGUAUAAGCUAGCAUGUAACCAUGCCCUCACAGCGGACAUGAAUUUUGAGCCACUAAAAACAUCUGAGACAUCUUGGAUCUGGCAUGCACAGGAUUACACUGAGAGCCAACCCAGGCUGGAACAGUUUGCUCUUAAGUUUAAGAAUGUUGACCUUGCAAGAUCAUUCAAAAACAAAAUUGAUGAGAUACAGCAGGAAUUACGAAGUUAAAGUAAUUGGCCUUGCAUGAAGACAAUGAAGACACCAACAGGCUCACUACAAGUGUACGUGUAUGGACAUUAUAAUGUGCAAGCAACCGUUUAUUGUCUCAGCGACAUCUGUGGCUCAUAAACAAUUUCUGUUUCUGUUCUUAUCAAAAACAAUUUAAAUUAUCAAUUUUUGUUAAAGGAAAUGGAAGUCAUGACCGUUGAAUUUUAAAUUGAACUUGAAUGCAUGGUAUUGAUGCUGAAAGGAUUGUAUUUCAUUUUUGUCAUAGGCAAAGCUGUUUACCAGGGUACUACUAAACAUUCUGGUAUGAUAAUACAGUGCUAUAAAACUAGAUGAGAAAAAUCAACCCCAUACAUAUUUGUUUAGUUCAGUAUUCUCUUUAAGUCCAAAAUUAUAACAUUUUUGCUGGUAGGAAAUUAAAAGCUUGUUUUGCCUCAGUCAAUGUAUACAUGUUUUGACUUCAAUAGUCAAUUAAACACUAGUGUCUAAUCUUCUUACGAAUUUUCUUAUCCUAGUGUAUUCAUUAUCAGUUCAAUUCCUAGAACUCCUCCUAGUAUGAUCUGUGAAUUAAUGUGCUAUUCUUAUUAAGUUGUGCAUACAAUAAUCUUGUUUAUGCUGAAUAAAAUAGAUGUACUUUGCUAUGAAAUAGGGAGGGGGAUAUUGAAAUGGCGUUGUCCUUCCGUCUGUCCUUCCGUCCGUCCCUCCGUCCGUCACCUGCGUUUUCUCAGUAACUAGCUGGUAGAAUUUCAUGAAACUUAAAAUAAAUAUGAACCACUGUACUGGAAUGAUGCCCGUCCAAAAAAAAAUUUGAUUGGUCAUUUGUCCUUGGAGUUAUUGCCCUUGAUUUUUUGAAAAAUGCACAUUCACAGCCAUUUCUCAGUCACUAGCUGGCAGUAUUUCAUGAAACUUAAAAUUAAUAUGAAUUACUAUACUGGGAUGAUGCCUAUUUAUAUAUUUUUUUGAUUGGUCAAUUGUACUUGGAGUUAUUGCCCUUGAUUUUUUGAAAAACUCUCAUUUACAGCCAUUUCUCAGUAACUAGUUGGUAGAAAUUCUUGAAACUUGAAAUAAAUAUGAAACCAACAUACUGCGAUGAUGCCUGUUUAUUUAUAUUUUGGAUUGUGUAAUUUCUAUAGUUAUAGAUAUUUGCCCUUGAUUUAUUAAAAGAUCCAUGUUUGCAGCCUUUUCUAUGCAACUAGCUGGUAGAAUUUCAUGACACUUGGAAUAAAUAAGAACCAACAUACUGUGAUGAUGCCUGUCUAUUUUUCUUUUGGAUUAGUCAAUUUUCCUUAGAGUUAUUGCCCUUGAUUUAUUAAAAAAUCAUUGUUUGCAGCCGUUUCUCAGUAACUAGCUGAUAAAAUUUAAUGAAACUUGAAUGUUAUAUGAACCAACAUCCUGCAAUGAACUUCUUCAGUGAAUUUCUACGGCUACAUUUUUAUCUCAACUAUUGAGUACUAUUUUGCAAUGAUUGAUGUUUCCGAGUAAGCAGUUUCAGAAAAGACAGUUUUAUUUAAUCAUCCCUCUGAUUUAUUUCGUUAAAGUUUUUUAUCAUAAAGAAGUCCCGGUCGAUAUUUUAUAAUUUGGCUCGGAAAGGGAUAAACCAAUGUGCUUAUCUUAUUCUUUCUGAGAUUUUUUUUAACCUUCAAGCACAAACAAGCCAUCAAGCACAAACAAGCCAUCGUUGCGGGGGAUAUCUUUUCACUGAAAAUGCUUAUUUCAUCUGGAGAUGUUUUUCUUCAAACAUAUUUGAAACUACUCCUUCUUAGCUUGUCUAUAUGUCCUUCAGAAUGUGUCAUAGACAGCUGCAUGAAUCAUAAACUUGCUAAAAUAUCUGUUGAGACAAUGACCCUUCAUCAAAAAGACUUGCAACUAG